CAUUAGUCAGUGUGCAUGCAUGCACACAGAACUCAGUUGUGCCUGGAGCGUGCUGAAUCAGGAACACUUUCUGGAUCCUUUUAUUAUAAUGGCUAAAACCAACAGCAGUCCACAGGAUUUAAUUGCCCUUUCUCUGAAAGCGAAGACAUUUGCAUACUCUCCGUACAGCAAGUUCAGAGUAGGAGCAGCUCUCCUCACACAUGAUGGAGCAGUUUUUACCGGAUGUAAUGUAGAAAAUGCUUGCCUCACUCUUGGCAUCUGCGCUGAGAGAGUUGCCAUCUCCAAAGCUGUUUCAGAGGGACAUCGAGAGUUCAAGGCCAUUGCUAUAGCCAGUGACAUGGUGGAUAAUUUCAUCUCACCAUGUGGUGGCUGCAGACAGUUUAUGAGGGAGUUUGGCUUGCAAUGGGAAGUUUAUUUGUCAAAACCGGAUGGCUCUUUCAUAAAGAGCACCGUAGAGGCACUCCUUCCUGUCUCCUUUGGUCCUGAAGACUUACUGAAGGGUGAAACGAUUUGCACUAAGGAAAGCCUUUAGAUUAUUUCACUAAAAUAGACACACUGGCAAUUGAGAAUGAUAAUGUUGACUGUAUGUAGGCUUAUGUGUCAUUAUAUUUAUAAGAUUAAUGUUUGAUGAAAUGUAUAAACCUUUAUGUAACCAUUCAUUGGUAUUGAAAUAAAGGAAUUUAAUAUUAUUUAA